AGCCCUGCCCUCGCUCCCCGCCCCGCAGCGCUGCGAGCCCCCGAGCGGCGCGGGACGGACACGGGGACAGCGGGACACAGCGGGACACAGCGGAACACGGGCACACCGGAGCGUCCUUAGCGAGCGGGGCUCCUUGCCGGCACUCCCGUCAGUUCCAUGCUUGGAUCUCCUGACUGUCUUGGAUCUGUCUGUAAUACCAGUUGCUGCUGUUGCCUUGCUUUACUCAUUACCCCUGAGAAAGAGAUAACUCUCAAGGUUUAAGCUGGUAUCAAGCUACAAGCAGAUCUACAACAAUGCAAGGACCUCCACCUGCCACAGCACCUGGAGUGCCCUAUGGCUCCCCUCAGCAGGUCCCUGGGCCUUACCAAGGUGCAGGGAACUAUGGAUUCCAGGCACAGCCCAUGGCGUUCCCAGGAGGAUUUGUCCCCCCACCUGUCCAGAGCCAGCCCACCAUGGAUGGGACAAUCUGGAUGCCGAUCCCUCCUUCUAUUCCCAACUGCCCUCCUGGACUGGAGUACCUCACACAGAUUGACCAGAUAUUAAUUCAUCAGCUACUUGAAGUUCUUGAGCUCGUGACUGACUUUGAAGAAAACAACAAAUACGAGCUGAAGAACGCCCUGGGGCAGAGGAUUUACUUUGCAGCAGAGGACACUGACUGCAUGACCAGGAACUGCUGUGGGCCCGCCAGGCCCUUCACCAUGAAGAUUAUUGAUAACCUGGGCCGGGAGGUGAUAAGGCUGCACAGACCCCUCCGCUGCGACUCCUGCUGCUGCCCCUGCUGCCUGCAGGAGCUGGAAGUCCAGGCACCUCCAGGAACAACAGUUGGUUAUGUUGUCCAGAACUGGCACAUCUGCCUGCCAAAGUUUACCAUUCAGGAUGAGAAAAGAAAGGAUAUUCUGAAAAUUAAUGGCCCCUGUGUUAUGUGCCGGUGUUGUGAGGACGUUCAUUUUGAGGUGAUGUCUCUGGAUGAGACUUGUCCUGUUGGGAGGAUUUCCAAGCAGUGGACUGGUAUUGUGCGGGAAAUGUUUACAGACACAGAUAAUUUUGGAAUCUCAUUCCCAAUGGACCUCGAUGUGAAAAUGAAAGCUGUCAUGCUUGGUGCUUGCUUCCUGAUCGACUUCAUGUUUUUUGAGCGUAGUGGUCAUUAAGCCUCAGAAAGCAGGAGUUUGGUAAUGAAAUCUAGAUGUUCUCUAUGGAAGGAAGAAGAACAUGGAUUUCCCAACUUUCCAAUGAAUUGCUGAUCUCCAGUCAGAAUAUGAGAAAUGUACAUGUUACAGUUAUAUUUCUGUAAGCUAAAAGCUUUAUGGUCUUAUCUAUUAUUUUUUUAAUAUGGUGAAAUAAUUUUUAGUAUUCAAAUAAGGGCUCUUUAUCUGCACAGAUCAAUAAUAUCAUUUAGAGAAAUAUAUUUCAACUUUUUUUUUUCCCAAGAACUCUGUAAUUUUAAAGUAACUAAUUAUAGUAGUUAUUUAAAACUACUAUAAUAAUACUUUGAUUCCUAAAAGAGAGGACUACUUUUAUAUUCAAUAUUAAUAAUAACCUAAGCCUAAUAAGGAGACACUGAUAUUUUCCUGGGUAUUCUUCUUUGGUCGCUUUGCCUUGGUGUUCACAUUCUGUUGUUUCUAUCUAUUAAAUAUAUACAUUUGAACAAAGU